AUGUCAUCCCCAUCUAAUAAUACGAAUUACCAACAGCAAAGUGCUCUGCCUAAUCUUCCAACUGAGAUUCUACUUGAGAUUCUCGACAAGGAUUAUCUGGAAUGGAAGGACUACUACAACCUUCGCCGUACAUCAUCUCGCCUAUCCCACCUUGCUCGCGAGCCCAUGUACCAGGGAGGAGACUAUUGCGUCUUUCGAAUGGCUUGCUUUCGUGGUGAUCUUGAUACGCUAGCUAUUUGUGCUCAGCAUGGCGCCGUGCCGACCCAGUGCAGUCGGAAGAGCCUGUCCGAUGGUCCUUUGGGUCUCAUUGAGCCGGGAUACGGCCUGUACCGACGCAAUACGGAAGACGACUACCAGGAGUGUUGGCAUUGGAAUAUCUGGGGCGACGGAUUUCACGGACCCGGCGACGUUGUUACACUAGGAUUCUAUGAAGGUAACUUUUCUGCAGAGAGAUUCAUCGAGGUUUGGCAAUGGCUGUCGGACCAGGGGUGUGAGCUCUUCACUUUUAUGAAGCUACCCUCUCUGGUCCGCAUGGGCUUUCCUUGCUUCUCGUUUGCUCUUCUAUCUAUGCUUCCGACCGCUACUGACAAAGCACAUCAUCAAGGUAUCUGCGACGUCAUCCAUUUCCUCUACAGUAAGGGUUUGAGAAUCCCUCAUCCGGACAGGAGACUUUGGAGGAGAGGAACGUGGCCAGCUUAUUUUCCUUUAGCCAGGGAUAAUCGCCCAAACAUGCUGCAGGCUCUGCUGCAGACUAAUUGCCCACCCUCCAUUCUCGAGCUCUACUUGAGACAGGUCAACGAUGAGGGCCUCGUUUUCGAUCAUUCGGAAGCAUGGGAUCCAUACUUCAAGGGAUUGGAAACUAUCUCGCAACUUCUCUCCAUCUUGUUCGAUGACAUGUUCGCUCCCUGGAUCUACAAGGGUGACAGUACCCGUAGUAUGAGCGAUGAUCUCCAAGCAAAGAUCUGCUUACUGACUCAACAUCAGGGCGCCAAUGCUUUUGAGCUGUACAUGCUUCGGGACAUUCUCGCAGCUUUGCGAAAGAUUGAUGCCAGAAAGGAAAGCCAAGGUGGUCUUGACUUUGAGCGUGAUGGAGUAUGGUGCUGGUAUGAACUAUGCAUGGCAGUUAGCUAUAUCUCUGAUGAGGAUGUUCGAAAGCGAACAGUGGAUCUUCACUUCACCAGUCCUGGAGACGUACAGAUGAUUCACCCCUACCUCAGUAGAAGGUGGUUCCCUCCCAGCGAACUGGCGCAUGCGAGGAGAACGGUCCUUGAGAAGAGAGCUCUUGAGUCUGGGCAAAAGACCGAAGAUAUUGAGCUACAUGGGCAGAGACCAUCCACACAAAACGGUUGUGUAAAACGCCCUGAAGUUCCCUACAAAGAUAACCAGUAA